GCUUGCUUGUCGACCACCAUCAUCAAUGUCGCUUAGACGGUCAAGGAAACUUCGACGCUCAUCAUCGACUGAUGCCUGGAACAACCCAUUCGCGCCGUUGACAAUCAAAACUCCCCGCAGUCGAGGUCGCCAAAGCUCAAAUUCCUCGAGUUCAAGAUCAGCCGCACCUUUCGAGUACAUACUCGAGGUCGACCAUGCUGGGCGAGCACAUGACGUCGACGAAGGCUUUGGUGGUGAACAGGAUCCUGAACUGCACGAUCAACGGACGUUCAGUUUGACGAGGUCAAAUAAAGUUCCACUCACUUACGCAUCUUUGCCCCCUACGCCAAUUCUGCCUUCUCCUGUACCCUCCAGGCCUCCUAGUCCGAUACUGAGACCUGAGCCUGACUCCCCUACUUCGCCUGUGCAUCUCUCUGGAGGUCAUCAGAAUGACCUACCACCCUUUUCUCUGUGGGACUACUUGCGAGAAGAGCUGUUAGCCACAGAUUUUGAUUCUCACCAGGAACUGAAAUGGGAACGCGUCUCGAAUUUCUUGAGUAUACCGUUGGCCGUGGAGAAGAUCAUAGGAUUUGGUUUCAUAUUGUGUUUUGAUUCGUUCCUCUAUACAUUCACCGUAUUGCCCAUCCGGUUUGCCUUGGGAUCCUUUCGACUCUUUCUCAAUAUGUUCUCACAUUCUGCACCUUCUCUGCCCCCGUCGCAGAAAGCAGACAUUUUACGAACACUGCUCCUCGUUACAUCCAUCGCUAUUCUAUACCCUCUGACUGACGCGAGCAAAAUAUAUCACUUUAUCCGCGGACAGGAUACGAUCAAACUGUAUGUCAUCUUCAACGCCCUCGAAAUUGCAGACCGUCUGUGUGCUUCGAUAGGACAAGACAUAUUAGAUUGUCUCUUUUCUAGAUCGACUUUAGAACCGCUAUCACACAGAGCUCCGGUGACAACGCUCACAUUUCGUCCUAUCCUAUACUUUUUGCUUGCCCUCAUCUAUAAUGUAUCUCAUACUGUUGUGAUGGUUUACCAACUAAUCGCACUGAAUGUCGCUGUCAACUCGUACGAUCAUGCCUUGCUCACUUUGCUUGUGUCGAACCAAUUCGUCGAAAUCAAAGGAAGCGUGUUCAAGAAAUUCGAGAAGGAUAACCUCUUUCAGAUUACUUGUGCUGAUAUAGUUGAGCGUUUUUCGCUGGCCCUCAUGCUUACCGUCGUGGCCUUUAGGAAUCUCAUAGAGCUCAGUGGCUCUGAAUUCGACUUUGCCGGGGGAUUUAUAUUGCCGAAGAGUUUUGGUUGGGUCAGAGGCAACAACGUGUUAUGGACAAUUUCCUAUCCUGUCCUAACCGUCAUGGUUUCCGAGAUGCUCGUAGAUUGGCUAAAACAUGCUUUCAUAACCAAGUUUAACCACAUCAGACCCUCGGUGUACGAAAGAUACACCGACGUCUUAUGCCGGGACCUCUCGAGCGGAAGUGCUGUGGGGAGACGAGGUGCACGGAAGCACACUUACGUCGAUCAAGCCCCUCUCGUUGCACGAAGACUUGGUUUUGCCUCCCUUCCCCUGGCGGUCCUUGCUAUUCUCAUUGGCACUCAAUCAAUAAGCCUUCUUCUCUCAUUACCAUCUGAAGGCUCCUCUCGAUCCCUUUCUAACUUGAGCUUGGAAGAGAUUACACGGUGUUUGACCUGGGUGACUAUGGCGAUAUUAUUUUGGCUCUGUUUCGUGGUGAUCAAGGUCAUUAUCGGUGUGAAUCUCGUGAGCUAUGCCACGCGGAGGAGAGCCGGCAUGGAGGCUACAGAGGCGGCUGAUAGGAUAAAUGACUUUGGUAGAGAUCCCAUUGGGGAAGGCAAGGAAGAACAGAUCUACAAUCGAGAGCUGAAAACGUUAUUGGAUAAUAAACGAGACGACGUGGAGACAGGUGGCGGUGACGGCAAGAAAGGAAGAGUCAGGCUGGAAGAUUUGACAAGGUUCACUAUGGUUAAGCGAAUUUGGUGAAAUGUUGUAUCUAUGACUCUGGGUUAUCUUGAAAUCCAGUACAUGAGCUCUA